CGGGGCCAGACGUCUGUCAGGUCGGGAGGAUAAGGGCAAGCGUGAGAGGAAGAAGAAGACAGCUAGUCGAAGCGAAGAGUCACCAAACUACCCCGUCCAACACUUUGCUAGAGGAUAACUUUUAAGUUUUGAGGGAAGAGAAAAGAAGACAGGGCUCAACCAUGAUGAUGACCCAGGUGGAGACCACGGUGCACUAUGAUAACGGCUACGAUGAGGAGGUCUACAUGAUGCAGGAGGAUGAGUGGGACAGGGACAUGUUGCUGGACCCGGCCUGGGAACAACAGCAGAGGAAAACCUUCACAGCCUGGUGUAACUCCCACCUGAGGAAAGCUGGCACUCAGAUUGAAAACAUCGAGGAGGACUUCAGGAACGGACUGAAACUCAUGUUGCUUCUGGAAGUCAUCUCAGGAGAGAGGUUACCCAAGCCGGACCGAGGGAAGAUGCGGUUCCAUAAGAUCGCCAACGUCAACAAAGCGUUGGAGUUCAUCACGAGUAAAGGAGUGAAACUGGUGUCAAUCGGAGCUGAAGAGAUCGUGGACGGGAACGUAAAGAUGACCCUCGGAAUGAUUUGGACGAUCAUCCUCCGCUUUGCCAUUCAGGACAUAUCCGUGGAAGAAACAUCUGCCAAGGAAGGUCUUCUUCUGUGGUGUCAGAGAAAGACCGCCCCCUACAGGAAUGUUAAUGUCCAAAACUUCCAUGUCAGCUGGAAGGACGGCCUGGCCUUCUGCGCCCUGAUUCAUAGACACAGACCCGACCUCCUCGACUACUCUAAGCUCAACAAGGAUGAUCCUCUGGGGAACCUGAACCUGGCUUUCGACAUAGCCGAGAAACACCUGGACAUUCCCAAAAUGCUGGACGCAGAAGAUAUCAUCAACACCCCCAAGCCAGACGAGAGAGCCAUCAUGACCUAUGUGUCCUGCUUCUACCACGCCUUUGCUGGAGCUGAGCAGGCAGAGACGGCUGCCAACAGGAUCUGUAAGGUGCUCGGCGUGAACCAGGAGAAUGAGAAACUCAUGGAAGAGUAUGAGCGGCUGGCCAGUGAGCUGCUGGAGUGGAUCCGCCGCACCACUCCCUGGCUGGAGAACCGGACCCCGGAGAAGACCAUGGCAGAGAUGCAGCGGAAGCUGGAAGACUUCAGGGACUACAGGCGCCAGCACAAGCCCCCGAAGGUGCAGGAGAAGUGCCAGCUGGAGAUUAACUUCAACACCCUGCAGACCAAGUUGCGCAUCAGCAACCGCCCUGCCUUCAUGCCCUCCGAGGGCAAGAUGGUGUCCGACAUCACCGGUGCCUGGCAGGGCCUGGAGCAGGCAGAGAAAGGCUACGAGGAGUGGCUUCUUACAGAGAUCCGUAGGCUGGAGAGGCUGGACCACCUGGCAGAGAAGUUUCGCCAAAAAGCCACCAAUCACGAGAACUGGGCCAGCGGUAAAGAACUGAUCCUCUCCCAGAAGGACUACGAAACGGCCACGCUGACAGAAAUCAAAGCGCUGCUUCGAAAACACGAGGCCUUCGAGAGCGACUUGGCAGCGCACCAGGACAGAGUGGAGCAGAUUGCUGCCAUUGCACAGGAACUAAAUGAGUUGGACUACCAUGAUGUCGCUGCUGUGAACCAACGGUGCCAGAGCAUCUGUGACUUGUGGGACAAGCUGGGAACCCUGACUCAGAAGAGGAGAGAGGCACUGGAGCGCACAGAGAAGUUGCUGGAGACCAUUGAUCAGUUGUUUCUGGAGUUUGCCAAGAGGUCAGCGCCUUUCAACAACUGGAUGGAAGGAGCCAUGGAAGACCUGCAGGACAUGUUCAUAGUGCACACUAUUGAAGAGGUCCAGAGUCUAGUCGCGGCUCAUGAGCAGUUUAAAGCCACACUACCUGAGGCGGAUGCAGAGAGACAGGCUAUCUUGGGAAUCCACAAUGAGGUGCAGAAAAUUUCCCAGAGCUACGGGAUCAAGGCCAACAUUAUCAACCCCUACAGCACUAUCACAACGGAGGAGCUGCUCAACAAGUGGGAAAAGGUGAAGAAGCUGGUCCCUCAGAGAGACGGUGCCCUCCAGGAGGAGAUGGCUCGCCAGCAUGCCCAUGAAAGGCUGAGGCGGCAGUUUGCUGCCCAGGCUAAUCUCAUCGGGCCUUGGAUACAGUCCAGGAUGGAGGAAAUCGGACGCUGCUCCCUGGAGUUAGGAGGCACCUUGGAGGACCAGAUGACCCAGCUGAAGCAGUUCGAACACGUCAUCGUUGCUUACAAGCCCAACAUCGACAAGCUGGAGGGAGACCACCAGCUGAUCCAAGAGUCUCUCGUGUUCGACAACAAACACACCAACUACACUAUGGAGCACAUCCGCGUCGGGUGGGAGCUGCUCCUCACCACCAUCGCCCGGACCAUCAACGAGAUAGAGACCCAGAUCCUGACCAGGGACGCCAAGGGCAUCAGCCAGCAGCAGAUGAACGAGUUCAGAUCCUCCUUCAACCACUUCGACAGGAAGAAGAAUGGAGCGAUGGAAACGGAUGACUUCAGAGCCUGCCUCAUCUCUAUGGGUUAUGACUUGGGAGAAGUGGAAUUUGCCCGCAUAAUGAUGCUGGUGGACCCCAACGCCACCGGCAUCGUCUCCUUCCAGUCUUUCAUUGACUUCAUGACCAGGGAGACUGCUGACACAGACACCGCUGAGCAGGUUGUUGCAUCCUUCCGGAUCCUGGCAGCUGAUAAGCCCUACAUACUCGUGGAGGAGCUGAGGAGGGAACUUCCGCCUGAGCAGGCAGAGUAUUGCAUCAUGAGGAUGCCGCCGUACAGUGGCCACGGGGCACCACCGGGGGCGCUGGACUACACCGCCUUCUCCACUGCGCUUUACGGAGAGAGCGACCUUUAACCCCGACUAGAAAACCUUUUAAUCUGCUGACCGUUGACCUGUCCCCCACCUCCCCACCCUCACCCUGCCUGCCCGCCAUCUAUUGAUGAAAUUAAGGAAUCUAAAUCAAAAGGCGGAUCAAAUAUGUCAAAUACAAUAAAGGUUUUUAUUGAUUAGCUUUCUGGCACCAUCAGUGUGUGUGCAAACGUGCUGAGCAUUUUCAUGUUAUUUGCUAGUCUAGUUAUUUGCCCCCAGAACAAAUAAAAAUUGCCAUCAUCACAUUAUAUAGAGGAACAAUGCAAUUUGCUUAUUUUGAACUUGUGUGUAAUGGUGUUUGGGCGGAAAGAAGGAUUCUGUGAUUAGGGUGGAUAUAGAAGAGGCGAAAGCGCCGAUCACUCGACAAAACUCAUACGCCAAAGGGAUCACAGUGUUUCAGGACUUUUAUCAUUCGGAGGAAAUAGCCCCUGCAAUGUUGUGUGUCGUAUUAGUCUUUCCUCGCAGCGCCUUUUGUUUUGGGAAUAAAAUCUUCUGAUAAGGCAUUUUGAGAUGCUUGAAGUGAAUUACAGUUUGCAAAAGCAAUUUCAGACCUACUGCCAUCCAUCAAUACACAGUGGAUUCCCAGAAGGCCAGAAAUAUGCAGCACCAACAGGAAAAAUGAGAACCCGCAUGAAUGCAAAAGUAAAUGUUUACAAUUGCUCAGUGCUUUAAAGGCGGGCGACACAGAAGCUUAAAUGCGCAGCAUUCAGAAGUAACGUUUUCUCUUGCAGCAGCAAAUUUGAUAAAGAGUAUUGUGCUGGUUAAGAACGUGACAUGUCUGUGCUGCAUGCCUUUAAUUUGUGUACUGACUAGAUGUUUACUUUUGUGUUUCUUUUUAAGUACUAUUGUCAUUAGGAAAUGCAAUACUUCUGUCCUGAUUUGUCUCGCAAGCUUGUUUGGCUACUUUCCUUUCAAUGUCAUAUCAUGUUCCGUACUGUUUGAGCAGGAAUUGGAAAACGGCAUUAAAUUAUUUCCACGCUCAUUUAAAAAUUGAGUGUCUAAGUAGUUAUUCAGUUAUUCAGGAAAAAAUGUGCCAGAUGCACCUUGCUUUCUAAAACAACCGUUGUGUGAUUUUCAGUGGUAAAGUAACGAGAAACCAAGCAGUUUAUGUUCUUCAUUUCACCCUCAUCGCUAAUUUGUGAAGUUAUGUGAAUUAAAACAAAUGUCAUUUGCAGUCAUUUGCAAGCAUAAAAGGAAAACUAUAUUUUAAUGAAACUAAUGGACAUUAACAAUGAACACUGACUCACCACAUGUCUAUGAGGGAGGUUUUGGUUUAAAAAAACAAAAACAAAAAGUAAAUUGUUUCAUAUCAACCAGACGUUGAGCUUCAGGAAAAUAAAAUUAAUUGAAUAAA